AGAGCCAAAGAUGUCGGCUCGGUCAUGUGAUCAGCUGUGUCCAAUCCAGCUGAUCACAUAAGAGAGCCGGUAAUUGGCUUUCCGUGGAGGGCACAAGUACACUGAUCAUCAGGGCACUGAUGAUCAGUGUGCCCUGAGGAUCAGUGUAGCCCCAGCAGUGCCACCUGUCAGUGUCCAUCAGUGCCUUAUGUCAGUGCUCAUCAGGCCUCGUGCCAGUGCCCAUCAGUGCCACAUCAGUGCCUACCAGUGCACAUCAAUGCCACAUAUCAGUGCCCAUCAGAGCUGCCUUUCAGUGUCACCCAUCAGUGCCAGUCAGUGCCAACCUAUCAAUGCCAAUCAGUGCCGCCUAUCAGUGCUGCCAAUCAGUGCCAGUCAGUGCCACCUAUCAGUGCCAGUCAGUGUCGCCUGUCAGUGCCGCCUAACAGUGCCAGUCAGUGCCACCUAUCAG